AUGUAUCUAUAUACACCCCACAAUCACAGACAAACCACUGUACUACUUCUUCAAAAACACUUCAUUACAUAUAUGUCGUCGACACUGUCGGAAUCAGCGUAUUUCGGGUCGCCACCCAAGGUCGCUUGUGUCUUUUUGGCCCAAUUCGACGUCAAACUGGGCUAUAAAUUGGUCUGGUCUAGUCUCGCCAACGACUCUGAAAUCUCCGGAAUCGAGGCUUCAGCUUUGCCCUCGGGCAUUCACGAAUAUUCGGCAACCACCGUCUACUUGACUCAUAAAAUAAGAGGCCGUCUCCAUUACGGAUUUGCCCGCUUUCGUCAAGUUGACCGGAACCCAGAAUCAAACCACAAUGCUGCAGCAACAGAUCGGCUGCUUGUGAAAAUGUACUCUUUGGGAGUGCUAGUAGAACCACUCAAAGGCGAAUUUUGGCCGCCCUUGCAAUAUCUGACACUUGGAUGGGAGUAUACUGCAGCUGUAGAUUCGACAUUAGUCGACUUCCUAAACGAUGAAGACUUGUCUCUUCUUCCUCGAUUGGCUGAACUGCUUCUGGGCAGCACUUUGAGCGUUCCAAAGACACCUCCAUCAUAUGAUAAUCAUCCGCUUAGCAAAUUGCCUGCCGUAUUGUCCUUAGUGGGUCCUUUGAUUUUUCCUCUUUACAAGGCUGCCCUUCUCCGAAAACGAAUUCUCAUCUUCGGAUCUUCCUCGUCACAGGCUUCAAAUGAACUAUUGUCCGACUAUAGCACAACUCGUGACCCGGGAACUGCUGGCGCAUUGGCUUACAUAAUUUCUCUCCUUAGUGUAGUCCCCAGAGAUGUUCAUCUAGAUAUGUCAACUCAGACUGUGUCCAAAUUUCUGCAGCCAUUAUACACUAAAGGCCUCUCAGAUCUUGCCUCGGACUUUUACAAUGAGUAUCCUGGCUACAUAGCCACCACUGGAGACGAGAUUAUGAAAAUGCAGACUAUGGUGUAUGACAUUGCACUCCUGUUGCCUCUUGGUGACUGUAGCUCGUGUCACAUGAACAGCAGUGCCGCCCAAAAUGUUCUGAUGAAGUCUACGUAUAAUGAUUACUCGAAAUUCCUCAAAUUGUAUCUGAGACUUCCUCAAGGUAGUUUAGGAGGCACGGCGAUCACUGAUGAUCUGGCUUCCAUCAAAACCUCAUCAUCUAUUCUAUCGGCUUUAGGCCUCGGGUAUUUUGCGGAAAGCAAGGAGAAGCUUCUGUGGGAGCCGCAAUGGUGGCUUGCCGAGGCCACCUCUCCCAUGUCAUGGCGUGAGUAUGUAUGGCUGGCAUUUGCGUGGUUCGCGAGCGCAGGCGCUACGAACCGUGAAGCGGAGACAAUUGAUUUGACCGAGACUAAUCUGCGUCCAAUUGAGGAGGACGUGAAGAAUCUGAUGGUCAGGCUAACUGAAAUUGUGGGACAGUUUCACAGACUCACCAAGAAGUGGUUUUAUAUUGUCGACGAAAUUGUCUCUGAAAUGAUAGAAUAUGUACAAUCGGAUGCGCAUGGCCUGUUGGUGCUUGAACUUACUCUACAAGACGUGGUGGAUAUGGAGCUAGAUCCGUACUCGCUGCAAGAUUUGGAAUUCAUUCGUGAAUUUGUGCUCACAUACUGGGGUGACAGCGUUUCUGAUGUUGACAUUGGUCUUGGUGUAAACGGAAUAUGUUGCUGA